AUGGGCUCCAUCACCAUGGCACCACGCCCCUCCAUCACCGGCUUCGACCCCAAGAAGUUCGCCGCUGCCUCUGCGAACGGUACCAAGGGCGACCCAUGGGCACGAUAUGAGCAAUGGCGAUACACCGGACCCUUCACCCGCUUCAACCGCUUCAAGGGCUCCUUCCCCGGCCUCGGCAUAGCCACCGUUGCAUUCGCUGGAUACCUCGUUGCCGAGCAACUGUUCUUCGAGGAUAAGGGCCACCACGAGGAGGGACACUAA